CUCACACGCUGCUCACUCUGUUUGACGAGAGCACGGCGUGCACUGCGCUGCCCCUCCGGACUAAUUGCAUCCACCAAACACUUAUUUUUUCUCCGACUGAGGAGAAACACACGAAGAGCGGCAUCAUGGGGAGCAGCAUUUCAUGUGUGCCCCAGCACAACUUCACCUUCUCCAGCAAAAGUUUUAUCCGCAGAAACAGCAGUCGCCUGUUUCGCAAGAAGAAUCCCCAAGAGGGCCAGGAGAAGUCCAACAGCAUCAUCAAUAUCCUCUGCACGGUCACCCCGAGGAAGGAAAUGUCCACUAAAGACCUGCAGACCAUCGAGAACAUCAAAUGGGAUCCUCCAUUCCCGUACGACCCGGCAAGCGGCUGGAAGAAGAGCAGCAUCAACGUGAAGAAUUACGGGCGGCUGAUUCACAGCGCCAAAGUUCGUUUCCGCUUCCUGCACUGCCAGGAUAUACACGAUUGCUACCUGGAUCUCUUCCAGACACACCUUCAUUUUGUGUCCAACAACACCCCUGGAUUGACAUACCAGGGAACUCUUCCGCUGAAAGAGCUCACCAUCUGCAACCCGCAACAGAACUGCAACCACAGCCAACCGACGGAGUACGCCUUUCAAAUAAAUGGUGUCAGCCUUAACCCCAUCAUCGUCUAUUGUGCCAACCAACAAGAAAUGGACCGAUGGUUUGGUCUUCUGAAAGAAAAUAUUGAAGCCAACGGCGGCAACGCUGUCGCACCGGAAAACUAUACCAGAGUCAAACAAAACCAGGAGAAGACUUAUGCAGGCAGAGAAGAGCUGAGGAACUCAAUCAACAAAGAGCCCAUCUAUGAGUGGGAGGGCUCGCAGCGGGACAGCCUGGGACCCAUAACCUAUGUCACCAAAGUUCGUUUGCAGCAUCUGCCAUGUCAGCAACAAAGUGAUAGACUACUGGUGAUGUACACGUCAACGAUGAUCAUCUUAUCAGAAGAGGAGAAUGGCCUCUUCUACAAGGGGAAGCUUCCGCUCAACAUGAUCACAGUGACCACACCUUGCCAAGACGUCAAGCCCAACACCUUUAUGAUUGAAGGUAGCUACACAAAGCGCAAUACAAUAAGCGUGGUGUAUUGUCAGUGUGGAAUGCUGGCAUCAAUAACAUCACAGUGCAGUGAAUCAUCAAUAUAUUGGAGAAAGAACAUGCAUCCAUCCAUCCAUCCAUCCAUUUUCGCGCCACAUUUUGACAGGUGGAGUGGAAACAGUCAAGGCUACCCCGAGUCCCUCAAGUUCAGUCAGAGUGGACAUGGAUCCCACAGCCGUCAGUUCCCCACUCAUGAAGAAAACCCGCUCUCUCCAGGAUACUCGGAACCUCUCUGUUAUAGCCGUCCCUCCUCGACCGAGACCGCCCGUCUGGGGAGCAGGACCAGCAGCUUCUCUUCCCACACCAAGCCUGAGCGUGACCCACGACCCUUGCCAAUGCGUUAUUCGUCCCCGCAGCGCAGCUCCUACCUCCAGCCAGGAGAGAGCUCUGCUGCAAUGCCACAGCUGUACAGCACGCCGUACGCUGGCCCGCGUCCCUUCGAGAAAGGCCUGCUUGUCAAGUCAAACAGCUGGAACACAUCUCAGACAACUUUCGGCUACUCCCUGAAUGUCCCACAGCGACACUCGGACAUGUGCGCUCCUCGCCAGCCCUUGUCCCCCCUUUACGAUGUGCCCUGCAGCCCUGAAAUCUUCGCCUUAGAUGAAGUGGGUCCAGUGGAGAGCUGGCAGGAGCCCACUCAUCUGUACCAGGCCCAGCAAAGCUCUUGGGUUCCCCCCUCUUCCUUCAAGCUCCGCACCCCACCAAUGGGCAGACACAACCGCAGAAGUCUGGUUGUGACCAAGUCGCAGGGAGAUGCUCCAGGCCGGGAGAAAGAGAGCCCUCGGGGUCAAGUGGAGCAAAGAGCCGAGGCCGUGUCGAGGCUCAAGCUGCUGAAUGCACCCUCAAAAGGACAAGAGCAGGGACACCUGCGGUCCAACUGUGGGAUCAACUCCUCUCAGACGUAUGAUUACUCACCAGAUCUUCAUUCAUACCUCAAACCCACAGAACCAGAUGACCAGGAAAUAGACUAUGACAACAUUUGGGAGUCUGAUCGCCACACUGGAAUGAUUCAGCCAACGUCUGUAAUUCCGACACACUGGACGGGAUUAAACGGCGGGGCCAGGGGCCUUGGUGCCAUGGCAACGGAGCAGAGAUGGUCAUAAA